AUGGAUGUAUCGAACUAUGAGUAUUUAAGAUAUCUAGGAAUUCAAAAUGAGAUAAAAAGAAGAAAAAUACAUAAAAAUUUAACUAUAUAUCACUUAAUAGAUAUUGUAAUAUUAAUAUUAUUAUUUUUUAGUUGUUAUAAAUUUAGUAUAAAAUUUUGUUAUAAAUAUGAAAAGGAAAUAUUUUAUAAUUUUUAUAAAUCGUUAAUAGAUUUAUUUUUUUUAAAUAUUACAAGAAUAGUAUAUACCAUCCUUUUACUUUUUUUUUAUUCGAGAAUAAGUAAAUUAAAUACAUUAGAAAAUGUAUAUGUGUUCUCAAGGCAUUUCACAGGGAUUCUAGCACUCACGAAUUGUAUAAAGAUGAUAAAUUUUCAUUAUAAUGUAAAUCCAGAUCAAAAUUUUUCCAAUAAUUUGUAUUUAAAUAUAGCUAGAGUGUCUAUCAUUAUAUAUAGUGUACUGUCGUCCAUAUAUUUCUACUAUUGUCAGUAUAAAUUAUAUAAUGUUAAGAAAAGAAACAUAAUAGCUGAAACGGAAUUGGAAAGAAUUUUACUCAGAGAUAUAAAAUCCAAGAAGUACAAAUUGUUCAAUGGGGAACUAAGAAGUGACAUACUAGAUACAGAUUGUAGUACCUUAAAUAAUGAUACAAUACCAAUAGACUAUAAAAAUAUUACAGAUUUUAAUUUAUCGUAUAGUAAGUUAAAAAACUCAGAUGAAGUAUUUAAGAAUGUAAAAAGAUGUAGAAGAUGGUACAGAAAGAAAUCUACUCAGAUAGCGGACAAUGUAAUUGGAGGAAAAAACAUAAAUGAAGCUUUGCUUAAAAAAAAAAAAAAAAAUUAUUCCCAUGAAAAUAAUGAUGAAGAUUGUGCUUCUUUUAAUGCUAAUAUAAAUUAUUUAGAAAAUAAAUUAACAUACAAAGAGUUUAAGAAUAUUUUGUUACCCUAUUUAUGGCCUAGUAGAAGAGUAGAUUUAAAAGGAAACAGUUUAACGUUGCGAACUUAUAUAGUGUUCAUAAUUUUAUUUAUCAUUUUAUCAAAAAUUUUUAGUGUAAUUUCUCCCAUAUAUCUUGGUAUAGCAUCAAAUGAGGUUUUAAAAAAAAAUAUGACAAAUUCUAUUUAUUUUUUGGCAUUAUAUGUAACCUUUUUUUUUAUAUCCAAAUUUUUGAAGGAAAUGUGUGGGAUAUUAUAUUCACAAGUACAGCAGUCUGCAUUUAUCGAAUUACAAGAAUCAAUAUUUCAAAGUUUUCAUAAUUUAUCGUAUGAAUGGUUUUCAACAAAAAAUGUUGGAGGUAUAAUGAGAAUAGUUGAUAGAGGCACUGAAAGUGCUAACAGUUUAAUGAAUUCUUUAUUAAUGUAUAUCAUACCAGCAACAAUAGAAGGAGUUGUAACAUGUGUUAUAUUUGUAUUUAAAUAUAAGAAUAGUCUCUUAGGUAGUGUACUUUUUAUCGGUUUAACAUUAUAUAUAUAUGCUACAAUAAAAAUAACAAAAUGGAGAAAAAAAAUUCGAAGUAAAGCAAAUAAAAUGGAUAAUGUAUAUCAUGAUAUAGCACAUGAUUCUUUGACAAACUAUGAGAAUGUAAAAUAUUUUAGUAAUGAAAAUUUUGAAAUAAAACGAUUUUGUAAUGCUUUGUCAAACUAUAAUAGAUAUAACCUUAAAAUUUUGAACAGUUUAGGUAUUUUGAAUAGUAUUCAACAAUUUAUAUUAAAUAGUACUCUAUUCUUUACCUUAUUAUGUGUUAUAUAUAUGAUAAUAAAAGAUGGAGCAGAUAGUGGAACAUUUAUAAGUGUUGUUGUAUAUACAUCCAAUGUAUUUGCCCCGUUAAGUAUAUUAGGUACUCUCUAUGCAAACAUAGUAAAAUCAUUUACAGAUAUUAGUGACCUUACAGACAUUUUGAGAGAAAAAAUUGAUAUGUCUGAUGACUCUGGAUUAGAACCAUUUGCACUGACAUCUCAUGAGAAGAAGUUUGGUGUGAGUAUUCAAUUUAUUGAUGUUAAUUUUAUUUACCCUUCUCAACCAUUACACAUGUCUUUAAAGGAUAUUAAUAUUUAUAUACAACCAGGUACAACAUGUGCUAUUGUUGGUCAUACAGGUUCAGGAAAAACUACCAUUUCGAAAUUGUUAUAUCGUUUUUAUGAUGCAGAAGGAGAAAUCAAGAUAGGUGGUAGGAAUGUAUGUGAUUAUACUAGAAAUUCUAUUAGAAAUGUAAUAGGUAUAGUACCACAAGAUACUAUUUUAUUUAAUGAAACUAUAAGGUAUAAUAUUUUAUAUGGUAAAUUAGAUGCAACUGAAGAACAAUUAAUACAAGCGGUGAAAUCUGCACAGUUAUAUGAUUUUAUUGAAUCACUACCAAAAAAGUGGGAAACACUAGUGGGAGACAAAGGUGUUAAGUUAUCAGGAGGAGAAAGACAAAGAAUCGCUAUUGCUAGAUGUUUAUUAAAAGAUCCAAAAAUUGUUAUAUUUGAUGAAGCUACUAGUUCCUUAGAUUCAAGAACAGAAUUUUUAUUUCAAAAAGCGGUAGAAGAUUUAAGAAAAAAUAGAACAUUAAUAAUUAUUGCGCAUAGACUUAGUACCAUUUCUUCAUCGGAAUUAAUUAUAUUAUUAAAUAAAGGAAGAAUUAUAGAGAGAGGGACGCAUCAAUAUUUGUUAAAACUCAAUGGUGAAUAUACAGAGAUGUGGAACAUGCAAUCACGAUCAAAUGAUUUAUACACAGAUAAUACUUCUUCAUGUAAUGAUGAAAAUAAAAGUCUACCACGUACUAAGAAAACAACAAAUUCUUCUAAAAAUGAUUUAAUGACUAGCUGUAGAUCUGGCAGUGCACAAAAUAGUGUCUCAGGUAGUGACGCAAAUAACAAUUAUUUUGAUCAUAGUAGUAAUAAGGGCGUCUGUGGUAGUAGCAGUAAGGACAUCUGUGGUAGUAGCGGUAAGGAAAUCUGUGGUAGUAGCGGUAAGGAAAUCUGUGGUAAUAGCAGUAAGGACCUCUGUGGUAGUAGUAGUAAAGGAGGAGAAGAGGGUGGAAAAAGUGCCAAGAAUAGCAGUAGUACGAGCAGUGUUGUUAAAAGCAGGAGCAGUGCAUAUAGCGGCCACGGCGUUCAUAAUAUACACAAGAUGCAAAACGGCAGAGGUAUGCGCAAUUACAACCAUAGUGCAUAUGACAGCUACAAUGUUAACACGAACAGUAAUGAAAAUAGUGUGUACCGCGCUGGUAACAAAAAGGAAAAGGAAAAGGAUAAAGAUAGUGAUCACAGUGGUGAUAGCAGCGGUAAUAGCAAUGACAAUAGCAAUGAAAAUAGUAAUGACAAUAGUAAUGAUAAUAACAAUGACAAUAACAAUAACAAUAGUAAUGAUAAUAACAAUGACAAUAACAAUGACAAUAGUAAUGAUAAUAACAAUGACAAUAACAAUGACAAUAACAAUGACAAUAACAAUGACAAUAACAAUAACAAUGAAGGCAACGAUAGCUAUAAUGAUAGCUAUAACGAUAGCUUACGUGGAGAUAGCGGUGUUAACAGCGGUAGGAGCGACAACAAGGAUAUGACUUAUGAAGACAAGUAUGGCGACAAGAUUGACGCCAAUAGUGAACAUAAGGAUAGAGGUAAUGACUUUAGAAACAGUAGCACUAGUAGCAACAAUGAAAGUAGUAGCAACAAUAAUAUGAACGAUAGCCUUAGUGGAAAUAAUAUUGGAUACAGUAAUAUAUAUAACAGUAAUUAUAGCGCUAAGGAUGUAGAGGGUAAGAGUAACCAUGGUGAGAAUACCAUAGACGAGCAGGCGAGAGACAACAAUCUUAGCGCCAGUGAUCCUAUCGGAAAUGACAUUAGCGGCAAUAACAUUAGCGGCAAUAACAUUAACAGCAGUAACAAUAACAGCAGUAACAAUAACAGCAGUAACAAUAACAGCAGUAACAAUAACAAUAUCAAUAACAAUUAUAAUACUCGCUAUAGCAGCGUAGAUGAUGAUUACGGGUAUAACAGCAACAGCAACUAUAAUGGGAAUGAUGUCAGAUACAACCUGGGGAGUAGUACGAAUGAUAACAACGUUAAUAAUAAUGAUCGAGACGAGGACAAUUAUUACUGA